AUAAAAUCAAACGUUUGAUAGCCGAGUUGGAUGCAGCUACCACUUGCAUAUUGUUUUUCAUACACAAGUGCAAUCUAAGGAAGAGAUAACAAAGAUGGGUUCUUUGGGAACAAUGAAUAAACCCCAUGCCGUGUGCAUUCCAUACCCAGCUCAGGGUCACAUAAACCCAAUGCUAAAGCUAGCAAAACUCCUUCACUUCAAUGGCUUCCACAUAACCUUUGUUAACACAGAGUACAACCACAGACGCCUUCUCAAAUCCAGAGGGACUUCUUCCCUUAAUGGUCUCCCUUCAUUUCGUUUUGAAACCAUCCCCGAUGGUCUACCCGACUCUGAUGUGGAUGUCACACAGGAUAUUCCCUCCCUCUGUGACUCCACCAGAAGAACUUGCCUCCCUCACUUCAGAAACCUUCUCGCUAAGGUUAAUAACUCAGAUGCCCCUCCGGUGACCUGCAUAGUUUCUGACGGCGUCAUGAGCUUCACCGUUGAUGCUGCCCAAGAAUUGGGUGUCCCUGAGGUCCUGUUUUGGACAACCAGUGCAUGUGGCUUCAUGUGUUAUGUUCAAUACGAACAAUUCAUUCAAAAGGGCAUAACACCGCUGAAAGACUCAAGUGAUGUCACGAACGGGUAUUUGGAGAGUACCAUCGAUUGGAUACCAGGCAUCAAGGAAAUUCGAUUGAAGGAUAUUCCUAGUUUUAUUAGGACCACAGAUUCAAAUGAUCUUAUGCUUGAUUUCGUGCAAGGGGAGUGCAAGAGGGCUCGAAGAGCUUCUGCGAUACUUUUGAACACGUUUGAUACCUUAGAGCAUGAUGUGUUGGAAGCGUUCUCGUCUAUUUUGCCUCCUGUUUAUUCCAUAGGUCCUUUGAAUUUACUUGUGAAGAGUGUUGAUGACAAAAAACUGAAUGCAAUAGAGUCCAAUCUCUGGAAGGAGGAAACUGAGUGCAUGGAGUGGCUCGGCACCAAAGAACCUAACAGUGUUGUUUAUGUGAAUUUCGGGAGCAUCGCAGUUAUGACUGCUGAGCAACUGGUUGAGUUUGCAUGGGGACUUGGUAACAGCAACAAAAGCUUUUUAUGGGUCAUAAGACCAGAUCUUGUGGCUGGUGAAAAUGCUGUUUUACCUCAAGAGUUUGUGAAAGAAACAAAAAAUAGAGGCCUUUUGUCCAGUUGGUGUUCUCAAGAGGAGGUGCUGAAUCACCCUGCGAUUGGAGGGUUUUUGACACACAGUGGUUGGAAUUCGACCUUAGAAAGUUUGUGUGCUGGUGUUCCAAUGAUAUGUUGGCCUUUCUUUGCGGAGCAACAGACCAAUUGCAGGUUCUCCUGCAAAGAGUGGGGGGUUGGGUUGGAGAUUGAAGAUGUUAAGAGAGACAAAAUAGAGAGCCUUGUGAAGGAGUUGAUGGAUGGUGAAAAGGGUAAGGAGAUGAAAGAGAAAGCCCUGCAAUGGAAGGAAUUGGCAAAAAGUGCUGCUUCUGGCCCCUACGGAACUUCAUUUCUUAAUUUGGACAACAUGAUUCGUCAAGUUCUUCUCGACAAAAAUGUUAUAAAUCAGUUUUAGAUUAGUUCGUUGCUUUACAUGUAUUUUAUAUUUCGAAAAAGAAGUACAGUGUGAAUUUAUCUGAAGAAUAAUGUUUAAUUCAUUUUGAAUUUGAAAAAUAUUUAAUUCUUUUUCUCUUCUUAG